GCGCAGGCGCAGUCCGGAUGUUGCGCCCAACUUCUCGGGCUGUGAACCUCGCUGCAGUGUUCUGCGCUCGAAAUUCCGGGCUGACAGACUCCCGCACACUCCUCAUGUCCAAGUCGCCGCCGCCACGGGCCACCGCGGGUACCCCGGUCCAGCCUGCCACGGUGCUGGGUACCAUGGAGAUGGGGCGCCGCAUGGACGUGUCCGCCAGCGCUGCGUCCCUGCGCGCCUUCCAGGAGCGCGGCCACACGGAGCUGGACACGGCCUUCAUGUACAGCGACGGCCAGUCUGAGACCAUCCUGGGCGGCCUGGGGCUCGGGCUGGGCAACACAGAUUGCAGAGUGAAAAUUGCCACCAAGGCCAACCCUUGGGAUGGAAAGACACUGAAACCUGACAGCCUCCGGUCCCAGCUGGAGAAAUCAUUGAAGCGGCUGCAGUGUCACAGAGUGGACCUCUUUUACCUACAUGCACCUGACCGUGGCACCCCCGUGGAGGAGACACUGUGCGCAUGUCAGCAGCUGCACCAGGAGGGCAAGUUUGUGGAGCUUGGCCUCUCCAACUAUGCAGCCUGGGAGGUGGCCGAGAUCUGUACCCUGUGCAAGAAGAAUGGCUGGAUCCUGCCCACCGUGUACCAGGGCAUGUACAACGCCACCACCAGGCAGGUGGAAACAGAGCUCUUUCCCUGCCUCAGACACUUUGGAUUGAGGUUCUACGCCUACAACCCUUUGGCUGGGGGCCUGCUGACCGGCAAGUACAAGUAUGAGGACAAGGACGGAAAAAAGCCAGAGGGCCGCUUCUUUGGAAAUAGCUGGGCUGAGAUCUACAGGAAUCGGUUCUGGAAGGAGCAUCACUUCAAGGCCAUUGCCCUGGUGGAGAAGGCCCUGCAGGCUGCCUAUGGCACCAGUGCCCCCAGCAUGACCUCGGCUGCCCUGCGCUGGAUAUACCACCACUCUCAGCUGCAGGGCACCCGAGGGGAUGCAGUCAUCCUGGGCAUGUCCAGCCUGGAGCAGCUGCAGCAAAACCUGGCCGCAGUGGAGGAAGGGCCCCUGGAGCCAGCUGUGGUGGAGGCCUUUGAUCAGGGCUGGCACCUGCUUGCCCAUGAGUGUCCCAACUAUUUUCGCUAGGCGCCAGUAUGGCUUAAGGUGCCAAAGGUUUCUCUGUCUCUUUGAUUCUCUUACUGUGGCCAGUUUUCCCUAAGCUGACUUAGCAUAGACUUUCCCGAUUGUCUCAAUCAUGCAGUAUUUUCUAAAUUCCUACCCUGCUCCCUGUUCCUCUCACAACCUGGAAAAGCUGAGGUCCAUGAGUCCUACAUGAGCAUUUCUGUCUCAAUAAAGCAGGCCCUCAACCCAGGUGCAGUCCA